AUGGCUACAAACUUCUCAGUGCAUGAGAAGAUCUGGUUUGCCAAGUUCAAAUAUGACAUUGCAGAAAGGAGAUUCUAUGAGCAGAUGAACGGGCCUGUGGCCAGCACCUCCUGCCAGAGCUCAGGCCCCAGGGUCUCCAGCGGCCCCAGCGGAGAACACAGCAAGCUCGUUGUCCAGAUCGCCAGUCUGGAAGUGGAGAACCAGAGCCUGCGCAGCGUGGUGCAGGAGCUGCAGCAGGCCAUGUCCAAGCUGGAGGCCCAGCUGAACAUGCUGGAGAAGAGCUCUGCUGGCCACCGAGCCACAGUCCCUCAGACCCAGCACGUGUCUCCCAUAUGCCAAGUGGAGCCCCAGCCAAGAAGCCAACCACACCAGGAGAGGAUGACAGGACAAUGACAUUGACCUUUUUGGCAGUGAC